AGCGAAGCAAGUGUUCCAAUAAACACAGCUGCGGGAAUCCACCUGAGCUAGUCUUUUGCAAACUUUGAAACAAUGAUAUGUCCGAGAUGUGGACAGAGUGGCAUAUGAAGAGCAUUGUGUCGCGUGCUGACAACAGUAAUUGAAAUACGCACAUCUUUUAUAAGGAUGCAGACGAUGAAUUAUUAAUGUGUGCGUUAGCCACUGCCGUAGGGUGGGAGGGAAAUAAAAUGCUGUAUAAAUACACGUCUUCAAGCUGGAGAAGCCAGAGCGCCGAAUGUGCAGCUCAAUGAUAUCAUGAACAACAAGAAUCUCUUGUCGAGGCUGGCGGUGGGCAGCUUCCUCCUGCUGCAGGUACACUGGGCGCUGAGUUACGACCCGGCUGCCUACAAGGAUCCCCACUACGUGGACGGACGGACCAGCAUGGUCCACCUGUUCGAGUGGAAGUUCAAGGACAUUGCCGAGGAGUGCGAACGAUUCUUGGGACCCAUGGGAUUCGCUGGCGUCCAGGUAUCACCCAUCAACGAAAAUCUGCUGAUCCCCGGACGUCCCUGGUACGAGCGUUACCAGCCCAUGUCCUACGAGAUCAUCACUCGUUCCGGCAACGAAGAUGAAUUCGCGGAUAUGGUUAAGCGCUGCAACAAGGUCGGCGUUCGCAUCUACGUCGACGCCGUGAUAAACCACAUGACCAUGGGCGCCCAGGCGACAGCUGUUGGAACCGGUGGCUCCACAGCCGAGCCCGCCAAGAGGCUUUUCCCAGGAGUGCCUUACGGGCCCAGCGACUUCAACGCACCAUGCACUAUCGCGAACUAUCAAAACGGCACCGAGGUACGCGACUGUGAUCUUGCUGGUCUGCAAGAUCUGAACCAAGGCAAGGAAUACGUCAGGGAAAAGAUCGUCGAGUUCUUCAACCGAGCUAUCGACCAUGGCAUUGCUGGAUUCAGGAUCGACGCGGCAAAGCACAUGUGGCCCGGAGAUUUGGAGAUCAUCUACGGUCGCACGAAGAACCUCAGGUCCGAUGUUUUCGGUGAGAACAAACGACCUUUUAUCUUCCAAGAGGUGAUAGACGUGAGCGGUAAUGAAGGAGUCAAGAAAUGCCAGUACAACGACCUCGGCGAUGUUAUCGAAUUUUCCUUCGGCAUUCAAAUAGGAAGCUUCUUCCGUGGUUGGGAAGAUCUGAGCCACCUUCAGCACUGGGGCUUCUCUGAUCGUGGUCUUCUGCCCUCCAACGACGUCGUCGUCAUGGUUGACAAUCACGACAAUCAGAGAGGACACGGUGCCGGUGGCGAUGCUAUUCUCAACUACAAGAACCCCCGUCUUUACAAGAUGGCAGUAGCUUUCAUGUUGGCCCACCCCUACGGUCAUACACGCGUCAUGAGCUCGUUCGACUUUUCCGACCCGAGUCAGGGUCCCCCAGCCGAUUCCAACGGCGACAUCAUCUCUCCCGAUCCCAUCACCGGCAACGUAGCAUCCGGAGCCGACGCCAACGCCUGCGGUCACGGUUGGGUCUGCGAACACCGUUGGUCCCAGAUCUACGGAAUGGUAGGCUUCCGCAACGUCGUCCAGAACGAGACUCUCGUCAACUGGUGGUCCAACGGCCAGAACCAGAUCGCCUUCUCCCGAGGCAACCGAGGCUUCGCGGCUUUCAACGGCCAGUACGGCGUCGAUCUCGAGCAGGAGCUGCAGACCGGUCUCCCGGCCGGCGACUACUGCGACGUCAUCUCCGGCAGAAAAGUCAACGGAAAAUGCACCGGCAAGACAGUCAAGGUCAACAACGACGGCAAGGCUUAUAUCGAGAUCCUUAAGGACGAGGCAGACGGUGCGCUCGUCAUACACGCCGAGACAAAGCUGUAGAGCGGUGCGACGUCCCCGUUUCCAAAGUGAGAGCAAGCUAUUGAAAAAUGCACAAGCCAACAGCAGUGGCGCUUUUAUUUUCAUUUCGCAUACUCAAAUGACAAAAACAAUUCUAAUGAGUAGUAGGUAAAAAUUUGUCAUGAACUGCAGCUUUAUUAGAUUCUGUAAAUUUAGCUCUUCAAUAUGUGUGCAUAAAUAAAUUGAGAAUAAAUACGAGGGGAGUCCCAUCUCGAAUUCCACAA